AUGGAAGUCAAUGGCGAUUCUAAUGAUAUUCCUCUAGACAUACUUCUACAAAUAUUCCACAAACUACCUGUUAAAUCUUUGAUCAGAUUCAGUUGUGUAUCUAAGUUAUGGUUUUACUUAAUCAACAAUGAUCAACAACAAUUCCACAAGUUUCACAUGGUUGAAUCUCAAAAGCAGCCAACUCUCAUAUCUACUUUCCAAGAUACUUACAAAAAGAAGAGAUUCUACUAUGUAGAGAAUGAGGAACAUGGUAAUACUAGUAAUGCCGAGCUCAUUGCUUAUCAAAAAGACAAUGGUUAUAGGGGUCUCGAGUAUAUGAUGGGGUAUUGUAAUGGUUUAGGUUGUUAUUGGAACUAUGGCGUACGUCGAGAAUCUUAUAAUGGUGAAUGGGUUUAUUUCUCACUUGAAAUUUGUAAUCCUAGUAGGAUUGAGAAGCUAAUCAUUGUCUCCCGUUUCAAGAGUAGGGUGGAUGAACAAAUCUGCGGCUUCCGAAUUGGAUACAACCAGUUAAGUGACGAGUAUAAGGUGAUGUGUAUCAUGAAAUACGAGGAUGAAUAUGAAUAUUACAUCUUUACACUAGGUAGUACUAACCCAUGGAGAAAGAUCAACAACCCAUGGCCGAAACAACGUCCGACGAAUUGUUUUCCAUCUAGUAGUAGAAGAAGGGUACCGCCAAUCUUUUGCAAUGGAACUCUCUUUUACGAGGCGGUAAAAAAUGAAGCAGAAGAAGAAAAAUAUAAACGUUUCACUUUGGUAUCUUUCGAUUUCCAGGGUGAGAAGUUUCAAAUGAUUAGACUUCCUAGUGAUGAUGAAUUUGUUACCAUUUUUAAUAAUGGUGGUUUUUCUCAGCUUGAAUAUGAAGGAUGUUUCUGUUAUUCAAGUAUGGAGAAAUUCGAUCCUUAUAGAGGCAAGGUGGUACUUUGUAUAUUGAAAGACACAGUUCAACACGUUUGGGUUAAGAAAACUAUCAAGUUCGUUCUUCCAAAAGAGCUAGACAAUCAUGCUCUUCCUGCUAGUGCCGGUAUUGUGAUUUUUUUUAACCAAGUGAUUCUAUAUUGGAGGUUGCACGAAAAACAACAGGAUUGUCAUGCCAUCUAUAAUUUGCAUUCAAAUAAAUUAAAGGAAGUUCAAAUUCCUAAUGAAUGCUAUGGUAAUGAUUAUGAGUAUUGCAUUUCCAGCCACGCAGAAAACUUUCUUUCAUUAAAGCAUUUUGCAACCAAGACGGGCGAAGGAAACACAAGAGAAGUACUGGAGGAAUAUAAGAAGACUUCUUAUCUUAAGCGGGAACAUUUUAACGACAUGCCAACAAGUGACCCAGCAGUUAUUUCUUUUCUAGACCCUUUGUGA